AUGGAAGCCGCUUCAUUGGGCGUGCAGCAAUCGGCCAUGGUGGCCGACACCGCCCCGGCUGCCCUUCACGGCGACGAGCGCCCAGGCCCCGACCAGGCGCGACACAUGUUGGAGCAAUCUGCAUUUGUGCACAGCAUGCGCAAGGAGCUUGAGAACAGCGCCGCGGUCCAGCAGGGCAGCAGCGCCGCAGGCGGCAGCGCCGGCGGCGAGCCGCGCCAGGAGUGGACGCGCCAGGAGUCGCUGGAGAAGGUGGAGAAGUGGCAGGCGGCGCAGGCCGGCCGCGCAGGCGGGCGGCGUGCGGUGUGGGAGUGCAGCCCGCGGGGGCUGCUGGCCUGCGCCUGCCUGGCGCCGGCGGUCAAAGACCCUGAGGGGCCAGUGGUGCUGCCGUCGCAGCAGCCUGAGGAGAUGCGGCCGCAGCGCACGCUGAGCGCCCAGGCCAGCAACUAUGGCGGCUCCCGGCGCCUGACCACUGCGCGCAGCACCUUCUCAGACGCUCAGUGGUUCGACACGCUGAGCCGCUUCCAGACCGCCCAGACCUCCUUCCGCCCCAGCGACGACGGCGCCGCCAGCGAGCCCACCACCCCCAUGGCUGCCGCCGCCGCCCAUGCGGCCCCCACCGUCCAGCCCUCGGCCUCCCUGAAGCGCGCCACCUCGAUCGGCGCCGCCUCCCUCAAGGCCGCGCAGUCGCUGGAGGGCGCGCCGCCGCCGUCGCUGCUGGCCGGCGGGGCCUCCCUGAAGCGCGUCCUGACCACGGUGCUGUCGCUGCCGCGCCAGCCCUCGCUGGCGGCGGUGCCCGAGGCGCAGGCCCCAAGGGAGAAGCCCGGGGCGCCCCAGCAAGUGGUGGGGCCCUAUGCGCCCGACCCUCCGCUACUAAUGGCAGACAAGGAGUUUCAAUUCGUGCCCGUCCCCGCCGACGGUAGAGUCACGAUCGGAGGCGUUGCCUAG